CACACAAUUGACCAUUUAUUAGAAAGACAAGUACAGCAAAAUAAACCAAUGUCACACAAGACUCACAACAGAGCUUCUUCUUUCUAUUUCUCUUUCUCUUCUCAUAACCAUUUUAUUUUCUCUCCAUCAAUGAGACAAGGCAAGCAUUCUUCUUCAUCCAAUCCUCUAUCUUCUCAGGUGGGCUAUCUAUCUGCAUCAAUAAGAAAAGUAGCUGAUGCCAGAGUGGGUGACACGAUCACUAACCAUUUUAGAAAGGCAGACAAUUCACUCCCUGGAUAUGAAGAAGCAACUCCUAUGGUGUUCUGUGGCCUGUUUCCUAUUGAUGCUGACCGAUUUCCCGAGCUACAAGAUGCACUUGAAAAGCUUCAACUCAAUGAUGCUGCACUGAAUGUGGCAUUAUAUACUUAUAUGUUGGAAAAUAGUGCAUCUUUUGUUUUAGGCAUUUGGCAAGGGGAAAUAAUUUGCAUUUUUAUGUAUAUGCUAUCAUCUUUCAGUAUUAGCUUGCUCUUCAUCAUUAAAAUUAUUAUUUUAGUUAGAAUAGAUUUAACUACCAAUUCACCUUUUCUUUAAGUUGUUUGGCUUGAUAUUAAGUUAAUUAUUUUGUUGCACUUUUGACUUAAGAUUCUUUCAUGAAAGAAACGUUGAUGUCAAAUCUGCUAGGCAUAAAGUUAACUUUAAUUAUGACAUGCACGAUCUGAAUGUGCGGUUUUUUUUAUUUAUAGUAUCUUUAUCUAUCUCAAUAAAGGGUCGGUGUUCUAAAUUUGUGAUGAUUAUUAACGAAGGGUAUAGUUUCAUUCACAUUUUUGGCAUUCAUUAUAAUGUAACUUAUAGAAGAGAGAAAAAACUAUGACAGGAUGUUUUUGUAGAUAUUUAGGCUCUCAUAGAUACAUUAGAGAGCAAUACCUAUGUCAUUUUUAUUCUAUAUAUGUUUUCUCAAAUUGGGUUCGAUAACAUGUGCUUUUUCUUUGCCUGACCCUUUUUUUUUUUUUUUCUGUUUUAUUAUAUAAAUUUCCUUUCAGAUGGUAAAGUAUGAUGAUUUUUUGUGAAGAAUUUGACUAAGGUUAUGUUGGUCGAUGA